UGUGGUGGCGUGGCGAUGCAGCGCGACCAGCCGCUAAGGGUCCGCUCCGGGAACCAGCAGUGGCCUGAGCCCAGCAUGCAACCGGCCGGAGGAGGGGACGUCGGGGUCGGAGCCUGGGCCCACAGCCGCGAGGCGCUGGAGCUGCUGGAGACGCAGCUGCGCUGCUCGCGCUGUAUGUGCGUGGGCGACUGCAUCGGUACGGAGUGUCCAGUAUGUCACACACCUGCUUGGAUACAGGAUGUGAAGAUAAACAGACAGUUGGACAACAUGAUCCAGUUAUGCAGCAGGCUUCGAAAUCUGUUACACAACCCCCCCGGUACAGAUGUGGAAGAAAGCACCCCUAAGACAAGAACACCACAGGAUGAAGAUGAAAGCAACAAGAAAUUCAUAAAAAUGUGGUUUAGCCCUCGUAGCAAGAAAGUCAGAUACGUCCUAAAUAGAACUUUAGUGCAGACUCAGCCUCAGCCAGUUGAGAAUGAACAGGAUUAUCAAGCAUUUGAAUUUAAUUCCUCAUCUCUUGAAAGAGACUCUCCCCAGAAGCCUAAAAAAGUUACCCGAAAAACCAGAAAAAAGCAAAAAAAAAGAAGCUUAGCUGAAAUUAAUCAAGAAUGGGAUUCAGAGGAAAAAAAGCAAAAAGAAGUCCACCAACUCGAUGAGAGUCUCGAUGAGAAACUCAAAGAAAAGUCUGUAUCCUUCUGUAACCAGCCCUCUGUGCUGGGAACCCCAGAACUAAAUGGAGAUCUCUUACAUUAUGACUCUGUCACAGAGGCCAGUCCUGCUGCAGUGACGACCGACAGCUCCCCAUUGCCGGCCACACAAGCAGAUUCUGUAGAAAUGAACAGAGAUGGUGAGGUAGCCUCCUCCCACCUGGAAUCUCUUAGUGAGGAUAACUUCCCAUCAGAGACUUCCUUGCCAUUGAGUAAUGGCUCAUCCUCCUUUGUCGUGCCUGUUUCUAAAAGGCUUAGAGGGAGAAGAAGCCAGCAGAGAGCCCGAAGAGCAUCUCUCAGCCCCGAUGACCCCCCAGAGUCAUUACCCCCUUCUGAAGAAAGUGCCUCAUCUCCCACGCCCCAAAGUCUAGCUGAAGAGCCGUUCCUGAGGGUGAGGAACAGCGAUGUAUUGAAUGACUCCAUCUACUUCUCCCCACCCAAAUCUUCUGGUACUUCAUCAUCAUCCGUGAUGAAUAGCCCUUGUCAGCCCUGGAUAGUGGCCAGCCCUUCUGUGGUGAAGAUGUCUCCCACCAUCCCUAUGACCGUCAAGAGAAACCAUAGAGGGGAGACUCUGCUCCAUAUUGCUUCUAUUAAGGGUGACAUACCAUCUGUUGAACGCCUUCUCCAAAAUGGAAGUGACCCAAAUGUAAAAGACCAUGCUGGAUGGACUCCAUUGCACGAAGCCUGUAAUCAUGGACAUCAGAAGGUCGUGGAACUGCUUUUGGAGCACAAGGCUUUGGUAAACACCACUGGCUACCAGAAUGACUCGCCACUCCAUGAUGCGGUCAGGAAUGGGCAUGUGAGCAUUGCCAAGCUGUUACUCUCUCAUGGAGCCUCCCGGAGUGCUGUAAACAUAUUUGGUCUCCGGCCUGUGGAUUAUGCAGAAACUGAAGCUAUGAAAUCAGUGUUGUUGCUGCCAGAGGAGAGUAAAAUAUAUAAAACUAGCCAUUGCUCAAGAUCCUUGAAUACUAGUUUUCGAAGAGAUGACCCCCUGGUUCUCCUCAGCAGUGGUCUUACCUCAGAUCAACAAAAAUUACUGAGUAAGCUCACAGCAGUUCUUAAGGCUAAGAAGUGUACUGAGUUUAACAGCACAGUCACUCAUAUCAUUGUUCCUGGUGACACAGCCCAAAGAACCAUGAAAUGUAUUCUUGGUAUCAUCAGUGGAUGCUGGAUCCUAAAAUUUGAUUGGGUAAAGGCCUGUCUAGAAAGCAGAAUGUGUGAACCAGAGGAAAACUAUGAAAUGCCUGGUGGUCCACAGAGAAGCAGGCUCAACAGAGAACAGCUGCUGCCAAAGUUGUUUGAUGGCUGUUACUUCUAUUUUGAGGGAAUUUUCAAACAUCAUUCAAAGGAUGAGCUUGUAAAACUGGCCAAAGAAUCUGGAGGGCAGAUCCUCAAUCGAAAGCCAAAACCAGACAGUGAUGUGACCCAGACGAUCAAUACGGUAUCAUACCACGCCAGACCUGACUCUGAUCAGCGCUUCUGCACUCAGUAUAUCCUCUACGAUGCUUCCUCCAAUUAUCGCCCAGAGAGGGUUCGUCAGGGCAAAGUUUGGAUGGCCCCCUCCAACUGGUUCAUAGACUGCUUGAUGGCAUUCCAGGUGCUUCCUGUGACCGAGUGA